AUGGGCUCUGCAGAUGUUCCAGUCAGCAACUCUGCAAAGAAUCCCACAAAAUCAAACUCUUCCGGUAGGAAGAACAAAUUCGAGGGGGUCGUUAUUGCCACAAGCGGGCAUAUUCCCGACUACAAGCAUAAUGAGAUCCAGGCCAUGGUGGAGGCGUGUGGCGCCAAAUUCGAGAAGAUGAAGAUCAGUGAAUGUACUCAUUUGAUCACGACUGUCCAGUGCUAUCAGAGUACUCAUACACCGGCGAAGAUUCUCGCGGCCCAAACAAAUCCCAACUGCAGCGUUGUCACGAUGGACUGGCUUCUGCAAUCCGUCGGGAGGAUGAAGCCACUAGAUGCGAAAGGAUUCCUGGUCAAAUCGCUGGGCUCAAAGCGCCCCGUUCAGAGUACAGGAAACUCCAAAGUUACCAUCACCAACGUUCGGAAACGCAAGCAUGGCUUGAAUGUGAAUGAAGCUUCUGGACGGCAGGCAAAGUUUGCAAAAGACCGAUUGCGAGCUAAUCGGGAAGAACUUCGUGGGUUAAUUGACGAUGCGAGUCACCCAAGCAAAGGGAAAAAGAAUCUCCUUGUGUGGCUAGACGAAGACGAUAACAUCUACGAUGCUACACUGGUGUCGGCUUCGUCAGCUCUGGAUGAUACGGGGAAGACUGAAUCGAUUAUCGCGAGGAUCAUCCGUGUCCAGUUGACCGUUGAUGUCAAGGCGAACAAAUACAACACAUGGAUUCGGGAAACGAAGAUGACGCGCAACAAAAUCGAGAACUACCUAAAGCCCACCAAGAUUGGCACGACGGUUUCUUGCAAGGGUGAUGGACUAUUACCCUCUGCAAUCUCGGAAUUCUGGACCAUUUUUGAGAAGUUGACUGGUCUGAAUUGGAAAUCUCGUUUUGAACCCGUACAAAAGAAAAAGUUUAUUUUCGUCCCUACUCAGGAAGACAGUGGUUCGAAGACGCUUUCGGAUGCUUCAGCGAAUUUUCUGGCUCAAGUCGCAAAAGCCGCUACUGUGCUAAAUCUGGCAACUUUGAUGGAGAGCUAUCAGAACCAGCUGAUGGGUGACAAGCUGACUGCAAAGCACUCCAUGGCAACCGGGAUUGACCUGGCUGACAUGAUAUCUCAUAUCUCUCGCAAGUCGACCGAAGUUAUGGAAUCUACCCAGAUCGAUAUUGCAGGGCUUCGGAAAUGCUUCAUUGAGCUCUUCGGGGAUGAGAUCUCUCCGAUCUCUAUGGAUUCGAGCUCGGUCAGAAAAACGAAGGAAAGGAUUGAGGAUAUGAUGAGUUUCCGGGCUAUCAAAGCCGCGAUGCCUUCGUGCACUAGUCCAAAGGCAUCCCAGUCAAAAGUUUCAACGUUUGGAAGUAAUGUACUUCGCUUUUUGCGGUUAGAAUCAAUGGAGCUGGUGCCAACAAAAAGCAAGGAAUACGGCACUCUGGUCAGAUAUUACAACCAGAGCUACCGCCACUCUCAUGUCACAUCGAAGGUCUUGAACAUCUUCCAUGUGGAACGCCGUGGUGAAGUCGAAAGGUUCACUAAAUGCAGAGCAGCUGCCAGCGAGUCCAUGAGCCAUCGUCGGCUUCUGUGGCAUGGCUCUCAUGAGCAAAACUUCGCGAGUAUUCUUCGGAAUGGGUUGAGGAUAGGCCCAUCUGCAGGCAUCUUCUUCGCCGAUAUGUCGGGAAAAUCAGUGGCCUAUUGCCGUAUGGGUUCGGGCCAUGAGGUAUUCAUAUUGCUUUGCGAAGUCGAGCUUGGCCGGGAUGAAUCAUCCCAUGUGAGCACUGGGCGUCCAGGCGUUUUGAUAUCCUCCCGGCGUCAACCACACGGCGCGACCCAUUCCAAGUGGGUAGAUGCCUCUUGUGUACGACCUGAUCUGGCAGGAGUCGAGGUCCCAUUACCACAGAAGUCGGACAUGGAUCAGUGGGUCGUUUCAUCUCGGCUUCCGGCUCUAGAAUACAUUGUCUACGACCCGGCGCAGAUUCGUCUGCGAUAUGUCUUCCAUAUCAAACUGAACUAA